UUCGACCGGCCGCUCGGCGUGGUGGGGGCCACCUGUCAUGACGAGAGCGCGUUCAAAACAGGAGCAACUUGCUGUAACUUCAGUUUAGACGUCCCGUUUUUAAAAAAAAACAAAAACAAAAAACUUAUUUUAGAAACAGCGGUUAAAGUUCGGGCGUCAAGCGUUGCAGUGUCCUCCUCAGUAUGGCGGAGCCUGCUGAGCUGCUGCUCGUCAGGGACCAGUAUCACCUGGCGUUCCACUGUCUGAGCCAGGGGCUGGCGGCCGAAGAGGCAGGGGAACGAGCCGAGGCCCUGGAGCAUUACGAGAAGGGCCGGGAGCAUCUAACCCAAGGGCUGGAUGUCCCCACCGGGGGGGAGACGCAGCAGGGAGCCCCGUGGGACACCGCCAGACAGCUCCAGUUUAAGAUGAGGGAGACUCUGAGCUACGUGACCGUUCACCUCAGCAGCUUGGGGAUAGCGGAGGAGACAGCAGGGAGCCAAAGGAGCCGAUUACUGAUGGAUCUCCCUACCGAUCUUUAUCCCGAUCUGGGACCGAAUGCUAAGCUGCCCCAUAGCUCUCUCCAUCAUCUUUACCCCACUAUCCCUGAUGCCACCUCCCAUGCCAGUGACGCCACCAUCCCCACACCAGCUCCAUCCCCAGCCUCAGCCAGACUGGCUCCUCCUCAUGCUACCAGCAUGUACAGGCCUCCCUCAGAGACCCAACAAACCGGGACCCCCUCUUAUCCUAUGCAGACCCUGCUAACACCAGCUGCUCCUGGAGACCAGCCUCCGGCCUAUACACCGCGACCCACGGAGGGCCACCAAAGCCUGGAUUACAGUCCCACUGGAGGGAGUCAGACUCUGGGGGCGCAGAUGGGAGGUGAGGAUGGAGAGGAGCUGCUGUUCAUCCCCUCUGGGGUGCAGAUGUUUUUUGUGACACCGGACGGGCAGGUCAGCUCCCUCUUUUACCCAGGGUACCUCCGCAUCCACAGAUAUGACAGUCAGUGCAAGGAUUCUCCCGCUGGAAAACCCUCAGCAGUGCUGCAUGUGUGUGACUGGGUCUACCCACUGACAGUAGACACCCCUGUGCUGUUGGCCAACUCGGGGAUCUUCAUGUUCCCAGACAGCGUGACAGAAACUCCGGGGUCCUAUGUGGGCAUCGUGUUGUCCUCCGAGCUGCCUGCUACCGACAGAGAGCUGUUCCAGGACCUCCUCUGUCAGCUCGCUGACCUCAGGGUUCAGGCUGCAGUAGAGGGGGCGGGGACUGAGGUGAUCAACCUGAGCGAGAAAGUCCCCCUUGGUCCUCCAAAAGAGGGGGCGGGGCCCACCACGGCGUCAGGACAAGACGAAAAACUACCACUUCCUGAGUGGAGUGAGAAAAUGGCCCAGAACAUCUUGGCAGGUGCCACAUGGUUGAGUAAAGGAUUUGUGCGAGGGGCAGAGGCCACUGGUAAAGCCAUCCAUAAAGGUGCAUCCAAGUUGCGUGACCACAUCACCCCAGAAAACACGCCUUCAGAGGUUAGCCCCCGUGUCACCAAAGGUCUGCAGGUAGCCAAACAGGCCACAGGGGGCGCUGUCCGCGUCAGCCAAUUCCUGGUAAAUGGAGUGAGUACAGUAGCGGGACAUGUGGGGGAGAAGUUGGCCCCCCAUGUGAAGAAACACGGUGCCAAGCUGAUUCCAGAGUCUAUGAAGAAGAGUAAAGAUGGCCAUGCCUCCAACGCCGAUGGAGCCAAAUUGGUAGCAGCCAGCGGUGUGCAGGGUCUCUCUACCAUUUGGACUGGUCUGGAGACUGGAGCUAAGACCGUCGGCAAAAGUGUAGCAUCAGAGACGGUCACCACUGUCAAGCACAAAUUUAGGGGCUUAGAGAAUCUAUUAAACAUGCCCAGGAACAUAUGACUGCAAGAAGAAACAAGCCCAAGUCCUGUGAACUAAUGACUGCACCCUACUCAUCUUUUAUCUCCUCUGCCACUAACUCCAAUCAAGUCAGGAAUUAACCCUCCUAUGAGUCUUAUGCAACUGAUGAACACUAACAGAUGUGUUUCUCACUGAAACUCAAGUUUCAUCUACUGACAACACCAGUUUGAUUAAUUUCUAUCCAGACAAAUAUGAUCUUGGAUAUAGGAUUGGGUUUUCUUUGGACUUGUGGUGUAGGGUAAGCCUUUGGUAUGUGGGUGCGCUCCCUGGCCUGUCUGUGUCAAAGUCAACUAAAUGCCGGCUUGUACUGCGUGGUGAUGCUCUUGCUGUUCAUAAGUACAGACUAUUUUUCUGCUUUAUUAUGAA